GAGAUGGAAGUCACUGAUCCAAGCUGGAAAGAAGCAGAAGUUGAGCUCUACACCAUCCCUGCUCAAUCCAGUUGGUUCUUAUGGGAUGACAUACACGAGAUAGAAAGACGCGAAUUUGAGGAGUUCUUCAGUGAGAGCUCAAUCACAAGAACCCCCAAGGUUUACAAAGAAUAUAGAGACUUCAUUAUCAACAAGUACCGAGAGGACACUACCAGGAGGCUGACCUUCACCAGUAUCCGCAAGUUCCUCGUGGGCGAUGUCAAUUUGCUCCGCAAAGUGUUUCUCUUCCUCGAACAUUGGGGAUUGAUCAAUUUCGGCUCUGAUGCGUCGUUGGUGGAGGUUGAAGAGAAGCAUGUUGCUAAGAUCGAGCAAGGGAAUCCCGCUGGGAUUCGUGUUACUGCAGCCCCGAAUUCAAUGAGGCCUAUCACCGCACCGCCCCUUGUUGAGGAAAGAGCUGAGUCUGGUCUCAAAUUACCUCCUCUGACCUCUUAUUCAGAUGUUUUCAGUGAUUUGAAGAAGCCUAGUAAUGAUGGUUUGGUUUGUGGGCACUGCCGAGAACGUUUUGAUUCUGAUUUCUAUGAACAUCACAAGCGUGUUGUCAACAUAUGCCAAAAGUGCUUCAAGAAUGGAGACUACGGGGAGAACAAUUCCGCGGACGAUUUCAAGUUGAUUGGGAAUGGUGCUGCAGCUGUGUGGACCGAGGAAGAGAUCCUCUUGCUGCUAGAAUCUGUGCUCAAACAUGGAGAUGAUUGGGAACUCGUUGCACAAAGCGUUUCUACAAAGAGUAGGCUAGAUUGCAUUUCGAAGCUCAUUGAGCUCCCGUUUGGAGAGUUUCUGAUGGGCUCUGCUUCUGGAAGACUCAUUUCCUCUGUCCCCACCGAGGAUGAAAAUAGUGGACACCAUUCCUCUCCAUCCCAUCCUGACGGUCAAGAACACAGGGAAACAGAGAUGGGGGAAGAAAAGGAAGAUCUCGUGGAUGAAGAUGAGCCUCUUGCAAAAAGGAAACGUGUUGCACUAAUCUCAGACGGCGAUACUUCACUUAUGAAACAGGUCGCAGCAAUGGCAUGCAGAGUUGGUCCAUCUGUCACAACCGCUGCUGCAAAAGCUGCAAUUGCAGCACUUUGUGAGGAAGCCUCAUGUCCAAAAGAGUUCUUCGAAACCGAUGACUACACACAUUCAGCACCUGACAGGUUUGAUUCUCCAUCCCCUCAAUUUGCUGAUGGCUUUGCUUCUCAUGUCGCUGUCAAGACAAUUCUAAAACUUUCGCUGUUUCACAGAGCCGAUGGAGACAAAGAUACAGAUAUGGAGGAGCAGCAGCAAGGAGGGAAAGAGGGGCCUCAGGAUCUACCUGUAGCUUUAAGGAUAAGAGCGUCGGUGGCAACAGGUCUGGGAGCAGCGGCUGCUCAGGCGAAAAUACUGGCUGAUGAAGAAGAAAGAGAGAUGGAGCAUCUAGCUGCGAGUGUAAUAGAUCAACAGCUGAAGAAACUGCAGAGCAAGUUGAAGUUUCUGGACCACUUGGAAUUGAUAAUGGAUGAAGAAGAGAGAGUGAUGGAUGGUGUAAAGGAAUCAAUUCUCCAAGAGAGGAUCAGCGUUUUGCAAUACGCGUUCCGUGGCGGUAUUACCAAACGUUGGGAUCAUACAUACGUGAAAUGA